AUGGAAGUGGGCCGUCAGAUCCUGGGGAAGCUGCAGAGGAGGAAGAAGUCACAGCUGAUGUCGUCCGUGAUCCUGCCGGGGCUGGAGGUGCACUUUUACCUGCCGGAGACACAGCAGAUCAUCCACCUGAAGGGACGCUACUCGGCCGAGCAGCUGUGCACCGAAGCCGCCAAGAAGCUGGGUCUGUCUCCAUUAUGCAGCAGUCUGUUCGCUCUGUACGAUGAAACCAGCAGGACGUGGUUUCCUCCGAAUCACAUGUUCCACGUAGACGAGACGACCCGACUCAGGCUGCACUAUCGCAUGAGGUUUUAUUUCACUAACUGGCAUGGGACGAGUAAGGACACUCCAGCUGUGGUGCGUCACAGCCUCAAACACUCAGGAAACCAGGGGACGGCGCUCCUGGACUCGCCCUCACUCACCUACCUGUACGCACAGAGUCAGUGUGAUUUCCAGCGCGGCUCACUCGCCCUCCGCAGCUUUCAGAACGAAGCCGAAUCUCAGCACAUCGAGAACGAGUGUCUGGGAAUGGCUGUGAUGGCGAUUUCCCAUGAUGCCAUAGGCAGAGACCCGCCAGCGCGGGGACUGGCCAAGAAAUACAAGUAUAAGAACUACGUCCCGGUGUGUCUGAACCAGUCGAUCUCUCAGAGGAACCUGCUGACCCGUCUGCGCAUUUCCAACGUCUUCAAGGUGUUCCUGGAGGAGUUCAAUGACAACACGGUACAGAACAACAACGUCAGCAAGCAGGACCUGAAGGUCAAGUACAUUUCCACGCUGGAGACGCUGACCAAAUACUUCAGCUGUGAGGUGUACGAGCCCUUGUCCUUCAGCAUCCGUGAGAACGACGAGGUUCCCUCGAGUCACGCCAGCAAGGACGGAGUGAAGCGCCAGGUUCUGGUCUCCGGAACCUGCGGCAUCAAGUGGCAGAUCGUGCCUCCUGAGACCUGCCUGAACCUUCAGAGGACCAAGUCAAAGAGGAACAGAAGACCUCAGGGUCAGCUGAGCACCGUCAGGAAAGAUGACGACUGGACCACCUUCUCGGAUUUCCACGAGAUCACGCACAUCGUCACCAAGGAGGCGGCGGUUAUGGUUUACCGACAAGACAACAGGAGGAUGGAAGUGCAGUUUGCUAGCCGUGCAGAGGCCCUGGCCUUCGCCAGCCUGAUAGACGGCUACUUCAGGCUGACCGUAGACGCGCAUCACUACCUGUGCACCGAGGUCGCGCCCGACUACGUCAAAACCAACCUACAUGAGGGAUGUCAUGGACCGAUCAGCACAGAGUACGCUGUUCAUAAACUGAAACAGGAAGGCUACGAGGAGGGCAUGUACAUCCUGCGCUGGAGCUGCGCUCAUUACGACCACGUCCUGCUCACCGUCAUCUGCAACGAGAGAGACGUCUCCGGUGAGAUCAUCAAGACCUUCAAGAACUUUCAGAUCGAGAGGACAGAUGGAGGAUUUCGUCUUUGUGGGACGGACGUGGAGAAACCGACGCUAAGGGAACUGACCGACCGGCUGUGUGGUCACUGUCUGAGUACGGAUAACACCACGUUGAAGCUGGCGCGAGGUUGUCCUCCUCAGCCUCGAGAGCUGUCUAAUCUCCUGGUAGUGACCAGGCCGGACUCCAUCACUCCACCCUCCCUGAGCAGCCAGCUCGUCUUCCUACGCAUCAACAAAGAGGACAUCAUACAGGACAAGCACCUGGGGAAAGGAACUCAUACGAACAUUUACUCAGGCAUGCUGAGGCUGAAGAGUGAUGAAGACAAUCUGAUCAGCUUCAACAGUGAGGACGUCCCUGUGGUCCUGAAGGUGAUCGGAGCAGGACAUAAGGACGUUUCAGUCUUUUUGGAAAUUGUGAGUCAGAUGCGUCACAUCUCACACAAGAACAUGACCCGUCUGUACGGCAUCUGCAUGCACAGCAUGGACAUCAUCAUGGUGGAGGAGUUCGUGCAGCACGGGCCUCUGGAUCUGUUCAUGCGCGCUCAUCACGCCGAACUCACGCCGUCCUGGAAGUUUCAGGUCGCCGAGCAGCUCGCUAGCAUCCUCAGCUACCUGGAGGACAAGAAGCUCGUCCAUGGCUACGUGUGCACAAAGAACAUCCUGCUAGCAAAAGACGGUCUGGAUGGACAACAAGCUCCGUUCAUAAAGCUCAGCAACCCAGGAGUCUCCAUCACUACGCUCAACCGAGAAGAGUGUAUCGACAGGAUCCCGUGGAUCGCCCCGGAGUGUGUGAAUAACCCUAAAGCUCAGAACGUAGCUGCGGAUAAGUGGGCCUUCGGGACAACUCUGUGGGAGAUCUGCUACAACGGAGAGGUUCCGCUCAGGGACAAGAAGCGUGCUGAGAAGGAGUGGUUCUACGAAGCCAAGGGCACACUGGUGAUCCCCGACUGCAGCGAACUGGCCGAGCUCAUCACCCAGUGCAUGAACUACGACCCCAGGAAGAGACCGUUCUUCAGAGCCAUAGUGCGAGAACUGGACCGCAUCAAGGAGCAGAACCCCGCGAUGGUGCCGGGCGGGGCUCCUGUGCAGGAGAUGGACCCCACGCUGUUCGAGAGCAGGUUCCUCAGGACCAUCCGGGACCUGGGAGAGGGUCACUUUGGGAAGGUGGAGCUGUGUCUGUACGACCCACAUGGAGACCACAGCGGUCAGAUGGUUGCCGUCAAGUCGCUGAAGUCAGAUAGUGAAGGACCCGAGAGCAGCAACCUGAGGAGAGAAAUCAACACCAUGAGAGAGCUUUACCACAACAACAUCGUCAAAUACAAGGGCAUCUGUACUGAAGAGGGUGGAAGAACUAUUAAGCUGAUCAUGGAGUAUCUCCCUGCUGGAAGUCUGAAGGACUAUCUGCCCCGAAGGAAAGCUGAGACAAAUCAACAGCGCCUGCUGCUCUACGCCAUCCAGAUUUGUCAGGGAAUGGACUACCUGGGCUCUCAGAACUACAUCCACAGAGACCUGGCGGCUCGGAACGUGUUGGUGGAGAGUGAGACGCUGGUCAAGAUCGGAGACUUCGGCUUGACCAAGAGCAUCAAAGACAACGAGGAGUACUACACGGUCAGGGAGGAGCAGGACAGCCCAGUGUACUGGUACGCUCCUGAGUGUCUGAUCCACCGGAAGUUCUACAAAGCCUCGGAUGUCUGGUCUUUCGGAGUCACGCUGUACGAGCUCAUGACCUACUGUGACCGCAAGAUGAGUCCUCCUGAGAUGUUCCUGAACAUGAUUGGCCGAUCGCAUGGUCAGAUGACAAUGGCUCGACUGGUCAAGUCUCUGGAAAGUGGCUGGAGGCUGUCCUGUCCUCCACAGUGCCCAGAUGUGGUGUACACACAGAUGCGGAGGUGCUGGUCUCAUGCUCCAGAGGACCGAGUGGACUUCAAAGGCCUGAUUGAGGUGUUCCAGCGUCUCUUGUCCAGCGAGGAGCUCAGUUUGUUGCACAGCUGCUAAAGUGCUCAGUUUUUAGUUCUUUUAUUUUUAUAUAUAUAUAUAUACACAUCGCCUCCAUUGUGUUUUUUUAAAGCCUUUUACUCGUGCAGAAAGAUUCUUCAUCAAUUCAGCAGGUGGCUUUAUUUCAUCUGAAGCACUUAAACAGUCAGAAUCCUGGACAGAUUAAUGAUCUUUAGAAGAAUAAUUCUCUGUAAUGCUAGAUGUUUUUAUAAAAUUUCAUAAAACACUCAUGUGAACCACUGACCAGGUCAGGACCAAGACAGCCCCGCCUCCUGCACUAUUGUUUAAACAGUAUUUGGGCGUGUUUAAGGGGCGUGUCUUUGGAGAAAACCCCGAAAUGAUUUUAAUUUAUAAACCGGCUUCGGCGAAAAUGUUUUGAUUGCAGUUUAUCUACAGCACAUGUCACGUCAGGAUCACUAAGAUUUAUUAGAUUUCAAAUCCUAAUUCCGUACGAAGACGAGGAAGCAGAUCAUCUCCGAGUUUCUAAACACAACCUGGUCUGAAAUUAGCCGCUUUAUCGGUCCUUUGUCUGGUUUCUGUCUAAAUAGAUGACUUGGACCUACAGGUAGUGUGUGCGGAUGUUGGGACGUGUCGCAGGUGACCGAUCAGCUUGUGUUUAUAGUGGAAAUGUAGAAAGUGCUCUCGGCGUUCGCAGGAGAAAGAAAAUUUGUGAAUACAGAGAUCAUUUGGAGAGAGAAUGAUUUUGGUCAGAGUAUUUUACCUUUGAUGCAUCUGGUGAUUAUGAAUCCAUUCACACUGACUCUGCCCACUAGGAAAAAAAUCUGUGACGAAGCCUUACACAAUACAAAACAGAUAGUGUCAGAUACUUAGAUCUGAGUUUUGGUAGAAAGGCGUGACCUAAAAUACAAGAUCUGCUUGGUCGUGUCCAUGCCAUAAACGUUUGUCCUGUGCUCGUUGGUGUAGAAUCCAUUAUUGCCACGUGGCAGCUUUACGCUAAACGCUCAUCUCACUCUCUGCUGUGGAAGCUGGACUCCGCCCCCAAAUAUUCUACAGAAACCGAUCAUGUGGUUGAGGAGCAAGAUCACGUCACGGUGUGAGAAGAUGAACUGAAAUACUUUCUCCUAUGUGGCAGAAUCCAGCUUCCUUUACCACCAUCUCCAUUCUGCCUUUAAAUCUCUAUUUUUUAAUAUGUUUUAUGUAGAUCUAUUCCAAACCUGUAUCAUGUAAUCCUCGGCACUUUGCACAGAACCUUCACAGAGCAGGGAAAAGCAAGGGAUCUGGACAUUAUAAUAAUCAGCCAUGAUGUUUCAGUUUGCUGCUUUGUUUUGGACGUCUUUGUCACAUUCAUUCAAACAUUAAUAAAAUUCUACUCUUUUUAUUUCA